AAAUUUUCCCCGUGAAACCCCUAAUUUCCCCCCUAAAACUCUUCAUUUUGCAAACACGCGGUCUCUCUUGCUUUCUCUCCCUCCCCCCUCCCUGCGACAUUAUAAAAAAAAUCCCAAAAGAAAAAUUUAACAAGAAUCGAUUAUAUUCAAAAAGAAAAAAAGAAGAGGAAAAUGGAGGCACCAAAGACCAUUCGGCAUGAAAUUGGAGGAGUCCAGAAUGUCGCGCUACGAUUCGGUCUCCACGGCGUUAAGAGCGACCUCAUUGGAUCUUACCCUCUCCAAUCUGCUUACGAGUAAAAGAAUCAUUGAAGUAUCAGGUGUUUCCAGAUUAGGGUUUAGCAUUGGCAAAGUCGGAAGUAGAGUUGUCAAUCUUUGUAAUAGAAAAAUCACUUUAUUUUCAGGUUUGGAGCCAUCAAACAUUGGUGGUGUUGUCUUCUUUAUGGUUCGGACUGUGAGAGUGGAGAAGAGGAUAAAUGAGACAGAUAACUACAGCAAAACAGGUUUGUUCCAGAAGGAUGAGAACCGAUAUAGUGCAGGAAGAGGAGUGCACAAAAAUCUGAAACGUGCUGAGAAAGCUCGCAUUCUAGUUAGCAAAUUGCCAUGUUGCUGAGAAGACUGCUCUUCUGCGGCCUAUAGAACUUAAACUUGUUCCUGUGGCCCUGGAAGGCAGUGCAUUUAGAAGCAAGUUUCUUGAUACGGAUGAACUUAUGAGCUACUGUAGCUGGUUUGCGACUUUCAGCAGCAUGAUCCCAAAAUGGCUGCGGAAAACCAAAAUUGUCAAGAAAAUUAGCCAAAUGCUGGUGAAUCACCUUAGACUAAAUUUGACCAAAGAUGAUCUGCAAAACGUGGUUGAUUUAAUGGAGCCAUAUGGUCAGAUAAGCAAUGGAAUAGAAUAUCUAAAUCCUCCCCUUGAUGUCAGUAACUAACUUGCUUGUCAUUUUAAAUAUGCAAGUCAAUUGCUAUUAAUAAUUUUCUGUUGGAUUCUUUUUGGAUUGAAAAAUAAUUUCUGGGGAUAGUCUAAGAAUCUUAAAUUUUAUAGAAAGCCAAUAAAGUACUGCUGGACGGAAUGUGGUGAUUAAUUGACUUGCAAGGUCAUACAUGCUGUUAAUUUUUUAAAAGCUGAUAAAUGAGUAUGACAUAGUGCUCAUAAAUGUUCUAAGGAUGUCUUUAGAUGAAUGGAAUUGUUUGAUAGUUUGAGGUUAUAAA